CUUAGCUUGUGAAUCAUGGGUUUCUGGGUCUUGGAUUUAGAUAUUGGUUUUGAGAUCUAUAUAAAUAUGGUGUAUGUCGAGCGACACAUUUAACAUUGUUAUUGCCUUAUUUCUGUUUUUAAAUUGUUUUACUUUUGCAAGUUUUGGUUAUCUUCCACAAGUUUUGGUUAUCUUACGCAAGUUUAGGCUUACCUAGUCGUAGAGACUAGGUGCCGUCAUGAUGGUUCACGAAGGGCGAACUGGGGGCAUGACACAUUGUCCAGCAUCUGGGUCAGUAGUGCUGAAUCAAGUUAAAGAUAUAAAAUUUACUCUCGGCCAAUCAAGUGAAGGGGUAAGUGGGGUGAUGAAAAACACAUGGAAAAAGAGAAGUAUUUUUUUCGAUCAUCCUUAUUGGAAAUUUAACUUGGUGCGCCAUAAUCUUGAUGUGAUGCACAUAGAAAAGAAUGUGUGCGAUAACUUAAUUUAUACACUAUUGAAUCUUGGUAAAAAGUCUAAAGACAACUUAGAAGCUCGAUUGGACUUGAAGGAUAUGAAAAUAAGACCAAGAUUAUGGCCUCAAUAUCGAGCUAGUGGGAGAGCAUAUACUCCUGCUACUUUUUUCACAAUGUCUCAACAUGAAAAGGAGUUAUUUUAUGAAGUACUACACAAUGCCAAGUUUCCAGAUGGCUAUAGGUAUAAUAUUUCAUGUUGCAUUCGCAAACGAAAGUUAUCUGGGCUAAAAACUUAUGAUUGUCAUGUUAUAAUGCAAGAACUUCUUCCUCUUGCCUUGCGGAAAUCAGUAGAUAAAAGAGUAAGUUCAAUUUUAAUUGAACUAUGCACAUUCUUUCGUGUUUUGUGUAGCAAAGAGCUAAAACUAGAAGAGUUAAACCUACUUGAAGAAAAAAUCCUAGAAACAUUGUCUACUAUGGAGAAACUCUUCCUCCCAGGAUUCUUUACUGUUAUGAUACACUUGGUUAUUCACUUGGCAACUGAGGCUAAACAUGCGGGACCAGUACAUUAUCACUGGUUGUAUCCAAUUGAGAGGUAUUGGGUACUUUAAAAUCAUAUGUUCAUAAUCGUGCAUGUCCAAAAGGUUCAAUAGCGGAAGCAUACAUAGCAAAUGAGUGUAUGACAUUCUGCUCACAUAUUUAGAGGGUGGAGAUUCAAGGUCUUAUUGUUCAAGAAAAUGGAGUGAUGAAAUUGAGCAUGAGACUAAUAAAGAAGAAUCUCUUUUUCCUACUGUUGGGGAGUCGUACAGUAGAGUAGAUGUAUUUGAGUUGGAUGACAAAACAUGGUUGCAAGCACAUCGGCAUGUGCUUUUCAAUCUUGAAUCAGAAGUGGUUGAGAAUUAUAAAAAGAACAUAUCGUUGAUAUCAAAAGAGCACAUCGUAGGCGUCGUUUGCCACAACAUCAACUUGAUCGUGUGCAUUUCGAUACAUUUCAUGAGUGGUUCAAGGAGCAAGUAAAUAGUAGGACUAAGUCAUUAUUUACGUUAAAUUAUUAUCCUUGUACAAAUAUCCACAUUUAUAGUUGUAUCUUUUAUUUGGUUAGGUAAAGGAGUUGGAAGCCACGUCUAAUAUCUUAAAGGAUGUUAAAGUCCUAGCACAAGGACCGAGUUACAUUGCAAAAAGAUUCAGUGUGUUCAAUGUUAAUAAUGGGUAUCGAUUCCGAACAGAACAAAACAAAGUGAAGAGUUCAAUGUGACACAAAAUAGUGGUAUUAUGGUCAUUUCAAAGACUGAAAGUUAUGCAAGUACAAGUGAUAAUGCUCCAAAAUCUACAAAUAUCACAUAUUAUGGCAGAUUGAAUGAUAUUGUGGAGUUAAACUACUAUGAAAAAUUUAAGGUCAUCUUAUUUAAGUAUGAUUGGGUUGAUGUAACCAAAGGUAGAGGAAUUAAGGAAGAUGACUUGGGUUUCACACUUGUGAAUUUCGCACACCUGGCAGACUCUGGCGAUCGAGAACGUCAUGAGCCCUUUAUUUUUGCAGAACAAGCUCAACAAGUAAUAUUUGUGCAAGAUCCUCAAGAUCAUGAAUGGUUUGUCCCUAGGUUAAUUAAACCUCGAGACAUUUUUAAUAUGGGAGAAGAAAAUAGUGUGCAGUUUGAGUCAUCAACGCAAAGUGAUGCCACUGACUUGGCUCUUUUAGAAAAUGCUUGUGUUUUAGAAGAUGAGUAUAAUGAUUGAGUAAGAAGUGGUGUUGAUGGGAUAAUAAUUGAUACAAACGUAGAUUCUCAACCUUCUCCAAAUGAUGGUGAAGCUAAUGUUGAGGGAGAAAAUAACAUAGAAAAUGAAUGUGAUUCUGAAUAAGAUAGGUGGUACUUAUAGAAUAUUUUUGCUGCAAGUGUUAUGUAAUAAACUCUAAGGGUGUUAUUUUUUUGCUUCAGAAAUUUGAAUAUUGGAUGUUUGAGUGAAUUUA